AUGGACACAGCAAUUGACCUCUCCGACGCCUCCAAGGCCCUAGACCUCGCCAACAUCCGCUUCCAGCUCAUCCGCCUAGAAGACACAAUCACCUUCCACCUCAUCGAGCGCGUACAAUUCCCCCUCAACAAAACAAUCUACGUCCGCGGCGGCGUCAAGAUCCCCAAUGAGCAAGUCAGCCUGAUGGAGUAUCUCCUCCGCGAGACCGAACGCCUGCAGUCGCGCGUCCGCCGCUACGAGUCCCCCGACGAGUACCCUUUCUUCCCGGGCGCGCUGGAAAAGCCCAUCCUGCAACCGCUCGACUACCCCAAGAUCCUGCACGACAACGACGUCAACGUCAACGAGACCAUCAAGACCCGGUACGUCGAGGACAUCCUGCCCGCGAUCUGCCCGCAGUUCGACGGGCGCGAGGACCGCGGCGAGACGCAGGAGAACUACGGGUCUGCGGCGACCUGCGAUGUGAGUUGCUUGCAGGCGCUGUCGCGGCGGAUCCACUUUGGGAAGUUUGUGGCCGAGUCGAAGUUCCAGAAGGAGACCGAGCGCUUUGUGAAGCUUAUUAAGGCGGAGGAUCGCAAGGGCAUUGACGAGGCGAUUACCGAUUCCAAGGUUGAGCAGAAGGUGUUGGAGAGAUUGGCGCUCAAGGCGAAGACUUAUGGUACGGAUCCGGCGUUCGCUGAGCAGUCGGGGCCUAAGAUCGAUGUUCAUGCUGUGCAGACUAUGUACAAGGAAUACGUUAUCCCUCUGACCAAGGUCGUGGAGGUCGAGUACCUGAUGCAGCGCCUGAAGGGCACGCAAUGGGAGUAA